AUGUUAUCGACGGUCCCAGAAGCCUUAAAGCAGAGAUUUGAAUAUCAACCUGUUUUCAAUAGUCAACUAGAACACCGAACGUAUGAUGAGGCUUAUGAAGUAAAAUAUCUCACAAAUAAUGAUGAGCUAACCGGAUACUUGGCCGUUUUUUUGAAAAACGAGCUUAUUGUUUAUAAAACCGCAGACUAUGGCUUUUUCAGUAAAUUUCUUUGCCCAAAAGGGUCAAACAUCCAAGAUGUAGCUUUUUUACCCGAUAAAGAUAAUGUAUUUGGAUUAGCUGUAGCUAUUAAUAGCGAUGUGGACGGCUUAUCAGAGAACUAUUUAGCUCUCGUUCACCUGUAUCGAGGUGAUUUAGUAGUUCUCCAAAAAAUAGAAAUCCCUGAGGAGACUACAUGUGUCAAGGUGCUACUAACAGAUAUUGCCACUGCUAACAGAAAAGACACCUUGAGCGCAAGAAUGCAAACUUGGCCGCAUGUUUUGGCCGUAGGAACUAAAAGAUGUCAUUGUUAUUUAACAUUCUUCUCUGUAGAAAAAAGAGUUCCCAACGAAAAAUCUGAUACUGUUAUUACAAAAUCCUUGACUGACGCCCUAAAGCCCUUUGUUAGUGGAAACAAUUUCAAUUAUAGGUUCGAUCAUCCCGGUCAUGGAUCCAGGAAUCGUUCAUUCGAAAAAGAAACUGUUUCUGUAACUUCUAUUGGGUUCAUUGAUAGAUAUAAUACUAUGAUUAUUGGAUUGAGUUUUGGUGGAAUAAUGACAGUGUCAUUUGGUAAAAGCACUGCUAUUGUUGGACAUAUUUAUGCUAGUUCUUCGCCUGUUGUUCAGAUUUCUUACUUGGAACCCCAUGAUGAUCCCCACAACGAUGUUUGGUUUUGUGUUGGACAUGCAAAGAGAAAUGAUGCCGUCCGUUCCGGACUACAGAUUGCUCUCUACAGUGUAAGUAAACCGAAAACAGAGCCCGAUGAAGGGGAGCUUUUUGUUGCCUUGAAACUUUCGCAUCUAUUCACAAAAGGUAUCCGUUGGCUUUCAAUGCGAACGAUGGUCUGUCAUAAGAAAGGAAGGGAUUCUAUCAAUGAAUCCAGCAUGCACUCUUCUUCACAGUCUUCCUCUGAUCUCGAACGUUCGUUGUUGUUUCUUUCAUACUUGUCGAAGGAAAACGAGCUGAUGGGAAAUCUUUUUGAUCUAGAUGCUUAUUACUAUAAGAGGCUCAUCGAACAAGUGUGUCCCGAUAAAACUCUUGCAAGUCAGAAUCCAUUUUUAUCUUUCAUUUGGCCUUGUGAAGGGCUCACAGCUGAUUUCAAGGAUGUCAUGGUAGAUGGAGAGAGCGUGUUUCGCUUGAGAUCAAAUAUAAGUGAUGCUGAUCAGCUAUACUAUCCCUCGAACUUCGAGAUUCCUCGUGUUCAUGCCGCAACAUACUCAACAAUUCAUUAUAUUUCGGUUUCAUCACUGAAGAGACAGACAAUGAGCAAGGUCGUGAGAAGUCUUAAGAAACAUUUGAAAGAUCCAGUAGAGGCUGCAGAAUGGCUUCAAGCUCUUGGACUUCCUGGAAAUAACGAGAUGCACCCUCUUCAUAUGAUUUUCUCAUGUUUAAUUCAAUAUCACUAUACUAAUGCCAUCCUUAAAAAUAUCAAAAGCGGGAAUCUACAAGAUGCGGCGAUGCUCAUGAAGAUCCGAUCGUGGAUGUGGACUGAAAUAGAAUUAGCAAAGGAAGGAAUGGAUGAAGCAGUCGGUCCCCUAUUCCAUCGACAAUCGAAGCCUCUUGCUCCCGAAGGUCAUCGUAGAUUUAAUUAUGCUGUCAAUGUUUUCCAAGCAGGAGUUGAUAUAUUUGAAGAACUUAUUCCUAUUCUCUCUGAAAAGAAAGAUAUUUGUACUGAAUCAUUAAUUCGAGAACUAAAAGCGAAGCGAACCGCUUCAUAUAACUUAUCGCAGUAUGCUCUAUGCAUUGAAACUUUUAUUUAUAAAGAAAUGUUGCCAUUACCUCAUAACAGCAAGAGUAUUUGGAGGAAAAUGAAUGAACAGACCUUAGAAAGACGAGAAGAACUAAGAAGAGAAAGAAAAUCUCUAAACAUUGAUAGUUUGGUUAGCAAGAUGCGUGUUGUUGAACCAACUCUCGGCUUUGGUCUGAGAGAAGAAGACGAAUACUACCCACCUGUCAUUCUAAACCUCCUUGCACCAAUUCUGGUAAUGACAAUUUCUAACAAAUCUAAGAAAGAUCUUCUUAUUUAUUAUUUGAUACAUUAUUUAAGUGUGGAGGACUUCUUCCACGGUAUUCCAGUUUCUAAAAAACAUAUCUGUGAAAGGGUCGAGGAAACUUACAGCAACAUCUUUGAAAUUGAUGUGAACGAAGUGGAAAACGUCUUCAGUCAAUGGGCUGAAGAUUACGGUGUUAGUAACUCUGAAACUGUUCCUAUGGAGAUAUCCGAGAUGCCAACGACUAACGAGCUGGAUUACUUGUAUGAUUUGCCUAGAGCUUUAACUGAAACAGAAGAGAGAUCUUUGAGAGAAAAAUUAAAGGAAGAGGAGUUUGGUUUCUUCCGUUGGCAAUGCUACCUUAUCAAGAAUAGUAGAUACAAUGAAGUCGAAGUUGUGGAGGAAAAUAUUCAUUCUGAGAACGUUUAUGUGAAAAAAUAUUUUACUGCCUUGCCGGGAGUAUUGAAAUUAAGAGGUGUGAACUAUGGGAACAACUCUAUCGAAUAUCCCGUGAAGUGGCCAGCUAAUAUCAUGGACGCAAUCAAAACAUUCAACAAAGACACUGUCCCUGUCGAAAAGCCUGUACUUUUUAAAUCACGGACACCCCUUCGUCUUCGUGGCAGAGAGAACUUCAGACAAGAUCCUCACAAAAAGUUUUCAGAGAAUAUGGAUCACCCCAGUGUAUUCGAUAGCACAAUGAAGACACCACCUCCUAAAGUUUUCAGUAAUGAUGAGACUCCAACUAGCCAUAAUAUACCUGAAGAAGCGUGGAAGAAGAUCAACGAUGUCUUGAAAACUCCAACCUCCAGAGCGAGAACCGCUGCAUUAGCUCACAUUUCUAUGGAUGCUACCCCUGAAGAGGUCAAACAACUCAAACCUCCGACUAGUAUUCUUAAGUCUGCUGUUAAAGGAAGACUUCCUCCCAGUCCUGCUCGCAAUAGAAUCCGAUUCGAUCUACCAGGAGAUGUCUCACUUGAUUCAACUAACCGUUCUAUUCAACAAAUUUAUCAGGAUACCAUGAACAGUCAUGAGGAUGACGACGCCACAGAUGAAGAGUCAGUAGAUCAUAAGAAGCAAGAAAAACCGUGUGAAGAAAAGAAGGUUGCCUGUGAAGAGCAAGAAGAGUCUUGUGAAGAACAAGAAGUUUCUUGUGAGAUCCAAGAAGUGCCAUGUGAGGAAAAGGAAGAGCCUUGUCAAAGUUCAUCGGACGACAUUUCUUCUGGCCAGGUUGACGAUUGUCAAGAAAUUAUGGUUUACGAGGACUCUAGUGCUCCAUCACAUUCUCCUGCCAAGAUUGCGGAUCACGAAAGUUCCAAGGACAAUUCAGUACUUAUUAGGUCGAUGGAAGAACAAGCUGAAGAUGAUGAUCUUGAUGAGCCAAUUGAGGAUCCCUUCGUUACCCAUAAUCUUAUUAAUAGAAGUGACGUUCUUCAUGUUGAGAUUCCUGUUCUUACUCUGCCUGUAUCUAGAAUUAAUGAAGAAGUUCGAGCUCAGCCAGAGGUCGCGCAGAAAGUUGAUCAAAGAACUCAGUUGGAUACGUUGACCAAGUCGAAAGUUCAGGCGGAGACUGUUCCUGUAACAGUAACAAAGUCCGCAGACGAACUUUUGGAAGACGAAACUAAGUCGGACAAUGCUGCGGCCACUUCAUCUAAAGUUAAAGCUCUGGCUGAAGCUGAGCCUACGAAAGACAAAAAGCCCGAAGACCAAAUUGUGGAAAGCAAAGCUCAGUCUGCUGAUGAUCUGGCCCCUAAGGUCAUUGAACGAAAGUCUGAGAAAGUGGCUCCUACACCAACUCGCUCUUCUAGUCGCCUCCAAGAAAAAAGAGUAGAAAAAGCUACUGGUGCUUCCCGACGUUUAUUCACUAACAACGACGAACUGAGAGAUCUCAUGGAGGAACAAGUGAAGAAGAGCAAAAUGGGUUACGUUAGAAAGAGAGCUUCGUCGGAAACGAUACCUAUCAAUUCGUUCAUUUCAAGGAAGCCUGAUCUUGUCGACACUAUACUUGAAGAGAUUGAUGCGCCCAAGAAAGAUAGAAGGAGAAGUCGCAGUAUGACUAGGAUAAUGGAGAAACCUACCUCUAAAGAAGAGCUCGAAAUUGAUACUCCUAAAGUGCUUGGUCGACCUCCCAAACCUCCCAGACUUUCACAAGAUCUUCAAGCUAGUGCUGCAAGAAGAGGAAGGAGUACGACUAAGACAAAACCAGCUAAAGCUGAUGACCUUUCCCCUGUUAACCUCAAACCCUUAGAAGAAGCUCAACCUUCUGCAACCAAAAGAAGUAGGAGCUCCACAAGAACUAAAGUAUCCAAAGCAGCUGAAUCUGUGCCACUGCCAAAGAAACAAGCAAGCGAACCACCAUCUCCAGCAAGAAAACCAAGUUCUCGGAAGCUAGCAAGCACAUCUCCAAGCGUAGAAAAACAAAAAGCACCUUCAAGCUCUAGGAAACGGGCUUCGUCAGGUAAAUGUCGUCUCAGUGAAGCAGUUCAGAAUAAAAUUUUAGAAACGUAUGUCACUGGUCCCACAAGUAAAAAGUUCGAUCCAGCUGAAACGAUUCCCGAAGAAGUGCAAGAGCCUAAGGUCAAGAGAAGAAGUCGUAGUGUGACUAGGACAACAGAAAAGGCUUCUUCUAGUAAAGAACUUGUGAUUGCUCCUGCAGCUGAAGUGAAAGAAACAGCAAAGACACGUAGGAGUCGGAGUAUAUCUAGAGCAACUGAGAAAGCUUCUAGUCAAGAAGAGCUAGAGAUAGCUCCAGAAGCUGAGAAAGCAAAAGGAGCUAUCAAACCAAGAAGAAGUCGCAGUAACAGCAGAGCUACGGAGAAAGUUUCUUCCAGCAAGGAAGAACUCGUCAUAGCAGCUCCCAUUGAAGAAAGUGAAGAGGAACCCGUGAAAAAGAGGAGAAGUCGAAGCGUUUUGAAAUCUGCACCGGAAAAGCAAAGCAGCGACAACAAAGAAGAACUCGUUAUAGAAACCCCAGGUCCAAAGGCUAAAAGAGUUCUAAAACGAUCAAAAGCUCCAGAGGAUAGUGAAGUAGUUCCAGUAAGCGCCAGAAAAGGAAGACCUUCUACUAAAUCUAAAGCAGCAGAAGCUGCGGAUGUAAUUUCUUCUGUAGGAAUGACGAUGGAACCUACAAGGAAUGCUCCUCGACUAACAGAACUUGAGUUAAAGAAACAGAAAUUAGCCGAGCUCAGAGCCAAUAGACAAAGGCAAGAUGAGGAGCGAAGGGAAAAAAUUAUGGCCGCUGCGAAUCUACCAGCAAAUGGUCGAGUAACAGCUUCUGCUGCUGAGUUACAAGAAAUCUUGGCUAGUGUAGGAGUUGAUCCUGCCCCACGUCUCGAGAGAACUCCAGAAAAAGCCAAUGGAACUACCCAAUCGACCAAUGUUUCUCCUGCUGGAGGAAACCAAAUAGUCAGCGCCUCAAGAAUCCAAAGUCUCGACUUCACUAAUGUCCAAACUGUAGCCAUCGCUUUAAAAGAAUCGACAAAUUACUCGAAAACUACACAAACUGAUGAUGAACGUGUUAGUGUAGGAGAAUUCAGCUUAGGUAGCCAAGAAUUUGAUUAUGACGAUGAUAUGAUGCACAUGGAUGGCGGGUUCCGUGCAAGAACUCAUUCGCAUGACUUAGAAUCACCCAUGACGGAAGAUCUCGCCAGUAUCCUUCAGUUUCAGUUUGCCAACAAGCAGAGGGAAGAGGCUGACCAGACCAAGGAAAAUCAGGAACCAACCCGGCCCCGCGAUUUGAGUGAUGAAGAGAAGAAACAAAUCAUGGCUACUCUCUCUUUCCAAAAAUUCUUUAAUUAUUCUGUUAAAAUCGUGGAGAGGGCUCUUGCUGAGGAUGAUGGAAUUUUCAUUGAUUAUGAAAAAGACAGUUCUGGAGAAGUUGUUGCUAGCAGUGAUCGUCUAGUUCUAUCUCGCCAAUUUUACGAUAAAAAAUGGACAUCGAACAGAGAAGUUACUGGAAUCGCUUUCGCUGAUCAACAUCCCGAGUUAUUAGCUGUUUCGUAUGACCAGAAUAUGGAUUCCCCAACUGAACCUACCGGAGUUGUUGUUAUUUGGAACACGAAGUUCAAAUCCCAGACCCCCGAAUACGUUUUUCACUGUCAAUCCAGACUUUUAUCUGUGACAUUCGCUCGUUUUCAUCAAAAUUUAAUUAUGGCCGGUUGCUAUUCCGGUCAAAUUUGCAUGUGGGAUAAUCGUGUUGCAAAUAAAAAGACUCCUAUUAACAAGAGUCCCUUGAACGCCACAGCUCAUACUCACCCUGUAUGUGCCUUAACUGUUAUUGGAUCAAACAACGCUCAUAACUUGGUGUCUCUGGGAUCAGAUGGCCGUGUAUGUACCUGGAAUGUAGAUAACCUCACACAACCUGUUGACGGGAAGGAGAUAAUGAACAAACAAGGAAAACAAUUCCCUGUCACUUGCAUGUCUUUCCCUGUUGCUGAGAUGAAUAACUUCGUCGUUGGUUGUGAAGAUGGAAGAGUGUAUGCUGUUAGCAGGCACGGAGGAGCAAGCUCAUCUGCUAUGGAAUACAUGGAUUUCCCAGGCCACUUCGCCGUUGUUACAAGCGUUGCUUUCCACAGAGCUCUAGGUGCCAUAGAUUUUUCUCAUCUCUUCUUAACGUCAAGUUGUGAUUUUACUGUGAAAUUAUGGAGUACGAAGGAUCCUCAGCUCAAGUUUUCAUUUGAAGCUCAUACUGAUUACGUUUUCGACGUAGCUUGGUCUCCGGUCCACCCUGCGGUAUUUACAACUGUUGAUGCUGAGGGAAAUCUUUUCUUAUGGAAUUUGAAUGAGGACACGGAGGGACCUGUCUCAAAGAUCAAAGUAGUAGAAGAUGAUAAGGUACGGCGUGUACAGUGGGCAGAGAACGGUCAACAACUUUGUGUCGGUGAUUCAAAGGGCCAUGUACACAUUUAUGAUGUUCAUGAGAGUAUGUACGUGCUUAGAAGUGAAGAGUGGACUCGAUUUGCUAGAGUCUUGGGGGAUAUUAAGCAAUCCGCUGAAGUAGACGAGGGAUCUGAGGUUAUGGAUCGUUUGUCUGCUGGAAGCAGCGUGAGUGCUGUAGCAGCUUUAGCAGGAGUCAAUGUUUCGCCAAGACAGGCUGGAAGACCAUGA